AUGGAUGAGGCGAUGCUUCUUGAAUAUUCGCACCUGGGGAUGAAGGCCAUGUUUGGCAUCGGCUUGCCGGCCCUGGCAAUCCUGGCGCCGCUGCAUGCGCGGGCCACCGGCGCUGCGGACGAUGAGCUGAGCAGGAUUAGUCUGAGCAAUGCCACGACAGAGGAGUGGAUCGUUUGGGUGCAUGCCUUCUUCGUUUGGUACGUGGUGCUCUUCAUUCUUUACCUGGUCUGGCAUGCCCAGCGCCGGAAGUUCCGGCCUCGGCGCAGUCGCUGGCUGGCCUCGGUGCCUGAGCCAAUGGCCACCACACUGCUGGUGGAAGGCAUCCCGGAACAGGUACGUUCAGAAGAGUUGCUCGCGAAGUUCUUUGACGAGAUCUUCGGGAAGCCGGUGGUGCGCUCCGUGGCGCUGGUGCGCGACAUCUCCCGGCUGCCGCCCCUGAUGCAGGAGCGCGACCAGCUCUCCGAGCGGCUGGCGGAGGCAUGCCUGCAAAAGCGCUCUGCAGAUCUGCCGCAGCUGGAGAGGCAAUACAGGCGAGCAGCCGAGCAGCUGGAGGAGGUGGCAGAGUUGAUCUAUAGCUCGCAGACCUUUGCCUAUGACGCUGCUUUCGUGACCUUCUGUGAUCGGCGCUCCACGGAGUUUGCCAAGCGAUUGAGGUACAGCGAACGCCCUUCCAGCUACAAGGUGACCGCGGCGCCGCCGCCGGGGGACGUGAACUUCGACAGCUUCAGCAAUAGCGCGGCCCACAUCAACAAGGGCAGCGCUUUACUGGGCCGCUUGCUGGUGGCCUGUAUGUUUUUCUUCUUCUUGCCUGCAGUGAUCGGCAUCUCUUCCUUGCUGAGCGUCGACUCGCUGUCUCAGCUGCUGCCGGGGCUUAAGGACUGGGCGGCGGACCAUGGAUACUUCACGGCCGCGUGGGAGGCUCUGCUAGGCACAAGUCUCCUUUGCAUGCUCAUGGACCUGGUGCCAAUGAUUCUGGAGGAGGUCUUCUGGCGCUUCUAUCGCUUGCGCAGCGGCGCGAAGAGCCAGCACAAGAUCCAGCGCUGGUACUUCACCUUCCUCGUCGUCUUCGUGCUGCUCGUCACCGCAGUAGGCACCUCCCUCUUCGAGGCCGCUGCGCGACUGGCGCAAGCGCCCCUCCAGGUCUGGUGGCUGUUAGCAGACCAGCUGCCGGACUCUACCAACUUCUACCUGCGCUAUGCCGUGCUGCUUUGGGGUGCGCCCUUCUUCGAUCUUCUGCGCUGUUUUCAACUCUUGAAGUUCUGGAGGGCCGUUAAAGUCGGCGAGUCUCCAGAGGUUGCGAGGCAGAUGGCGGAGCCAGAGGACCAAGCCUUCCACGGCGUCGGCGCUAGAAGUGCGAGAUGGGCGCUGCACAUGGUCCUGGGCCUCACCCUCUGCAGCUUGCAGCCCUUUAUUCCGCUGAUCCUGGCUUUCGGCUUCAUGUUCCGAAGGCUGGUCUAUGGCUACCUCAUCGUCUUUGUGGAGACACGAAAGUCGGAUUCUGGCGGCCAACUCUGGCGGGCACAGAUGCAGCACACGCAGCUGGGGCUGGUCAUCUACAUCAUGGCCGAAAGCCAAGCGAUGAGCUGUAAGGUCAAAGUCAUGACGUUGAUCCUCAUGGAUCGAGAGCAGUCCAUGGUGGCCGCCGUCUUGGCCGGCAGCAGCGGCUCAGUGGUGGCGCUCUUCUGGUACUGGUACCCUUCUCUCCUGGAAUUGCACUCCUUGCCAGUGCAGCAGGCGAGCUGCGUGGAAGCUGCGACCAUUGGCCGUGAGGGAUCGAGCGAAGUUGUGGCAGAACCUCCGGGGAUGUCACCCUAUUUGCAGCCAGAACUGCAGCAAUCUUUGCCCACUGCUCUUCGAUCAGGGCCGAACCCUUGGGCCGAGCUUGACCGAGCACUGGCGACGGCUUCGGGAGGAGACGUGCUUUGGGUGAGACUCCAAGACUACGCAGAUGAAUUCAGGAAAGGCUACGUGCAGUAUGGAGUGGACCAGACCUGCAAGGCUCUCGCCAGGGUCAUGCCCAGCCCCGGACUCCGGCAUAUUGUCGAAGUUGCCCGGCCUGGACUUCAUAACUUGAUGACGGGCCUGCUGCUGUUCUUCUCUGUGAACCUGCUCGCUUCCGCCGUGCCGCAGCAAGCCAAGUUCGUGCUGCCGGACAAGCUGAAGGCUUUGGACCCGAACAGAGAUGGCGUGCUCACUGGGCCGGAGGUUGAGGAACUGGUGCGCAAUUUCUCACUGAAGCUGUUUUCUGUGCUUUUCUACUUGGAAAGCGGGUUGUUCGGCAUGGCUGCCCUCCAGAAGCCCAAGGACUAUCAGGCACAGGGAAAAGAUGUCUUGGACAAGUACUGGAGGGAGCUGGAUUACAGGAAGCCCAAGGCGGUGCUCCUGUUCCUGGCCCUGAACGCCGCCAUCGUCUCCACCACGGCAAGCGGCUGCCUGCGCGCUUGGGGGCUAUCUCCGAGGAGCAUCUUAGCUUUGGGCGGCGUGGGCGGUCUGGCUUUCGGCCUUGCAGCUCAGAAUCUGGUGGGCAACUUCAUGGGAGGUAUUUUGCUGAUCGUCAAUCGGCAAUUCAAUGUUGGAGACAUCAUCGACACGAACGGAGUCCAAGGCAAGGUGCGGCGCAUGGGAUGGAUCAACAUCGAGAUACAGAGCGGCACCGACUUGGUCAUGCUGCCGAACGCCAUGGUGUUGGGCCAGAAGAUUACUCACAUCAACCGCCUACGAGGUGCAACUCCGCCAGAGCCAUGA